AUGGAGGCUACGGUAAUGCAGGAUCCUCGCGAUAGAUCCGCCACGAUUCUCCUUAUGGGGCUUCGUCGUGGCGGCAAGUCGUCUAUUUGCAAAGUUGUCUUUCACAAUAUGCAGCCUCUAGAUACGCUUUAUUUGGAGAGUACCUCGAAGCCCACCACGGAACAAUUUCUGUCGUUGAUAGACCUUUCUGUUAUGGAACUUCCGGGCCAGCUCAACUAUUUCGAGCCCACAUACGAUUCCGAGCGACUUUUCUCGAGCGUGGGAGCAUUGGUAUAUGUCAUAGACUCGCAGGACGAGUACCUCAAUGCAUUGACCAAUCUCUCCAUGAUCAUUGAAUAUGCGUAUCUGGUGAACCCACGCAUCAAUAUCGAGGUUCUUAUCCACAAGAUAGACGGCCUCUCUGAGGAUUACCGUCUAGAUGCUCAGCGGGAUAUCAUGCAACGAACUGGCGACGAGCUCUUGGAUUUGGGGUUGGAAGGAGUACAAGUCUCUUUCUACUUGACGAGUAUUUUUGACCAUUCCAUCUACGAAGCGUUCUCGCGCAUUGUACAGAAACUUAUUCCUGAACUCCCCUCGUUGGAGAACAUGCUAGACAAUUUGGUCCAACAUUCAGCCAUUGAAAAAGUGUUCCUUUUCGAUGUCAAUUCCAAAAUUUACGUGGCCACCGACUCGUCCCCGGUGGACAUUCAGACCUACGAGGUGUGCGGCGAGUUUAUAGACAUCACCAUUGACUUGAAUGACUUGUACGUGGACGAAAGUGCUAAAGAUUUGACUCGGACUACUAAGCCGUUGAAAUCGGUGAGCCACCUCUCGAAUGGCUCGCUUUUAUACCUUGGGCAAAUGAUACGAGGAUUAGCAUUGGUAGCGCUAGUCCGCUACGAAGAAGAUAAACUUGAUGGCUCGUUGGCCAUCAUCGAUUACAAUGUCAACCAGUUCAAAAAGUCGCUCAUGAAAAUGUGGGACGGUGCUCGAUUAAACCGCUAA